UCCAAAAGUCCAAAAUUAACUGUGUGUGUGUCAAGAAAAAAAAAAAUAUAGACGAACCACAACGUUAAUAAAAAUAUAAAUUAAAAUAUUAUAAAAAUGGCAUUAGCCUGUUCAAUUUCAAAUGAAGUUCCUGAACAUCCAGUAAUAUCACCAGUAUCAGGAAGUAUAUUUGAAAAAAGAUUAAUUGAAAAAUAUAUCAUUGAAAAUGGUGUUGAUCCAAUAAAUGGUAAAGAAUUAACAGUGGAAGAAUUGAUUGAAGUUAAAACAACACAAUUGGUUAAACCAAAGCCACCAAGUGCAACAUCAAUACCAGCAAUAUUAAAAAUACUCCAAGAUGAAUGGGAUGCUGUUAUGUUACAUUCAUUUACUCAACGUCAACAAUUACAAACAGCACGUCAAGAAUUAUCACAUGCACUUUAUCAACAUGAUGCAGCAUGUCGUGUUAUUGCUAGAUUAACUAAAGAAGUAACAGCAGCACGUGAAGCAUUAGCAACAUUAAAACCACAAGCUGGUAUUGCACCAACAACAAUACCACAACCAGCAAUUGCUGUUGAAGCUGGUACUGGUGCAAUACAACCACAAGAACAAGCUGGUAUUACUGAAGAUGUUAUUGAAUUAUUACAAGAACGUGCAACAGUAUUAACACAAGAAAGAAAAAGACGUGGUAGAUCAAUACCAGAAGAGCUACAACCAUCUGAUAAUAUUAGAUCAUUUCAAACAUUAUCAUCACAUCCUGGUUUACAUUCAGCAAGUGUACCAGGUAUACUUGCACUUGAUAUACAUUCAGCAGAUACAAGUAAAAUAUUAACUGGUGGUGCUGAUAAAAAUGCAACUGUAUUUAAUAAAGAUACUGAACAAGUUGUUGCAAUAUUAAAAGGACAUACUAAAAAAGUAACACGUGUUAUUUAUCAUCCACAUGAGGAUAUUGUUAUGACUGCUAGUCCAGAUACAACAAUUAGAAUUUGGAAUGUUGGUACAAGUCAAACAACAUUGUUAUUACGUGCUCAUGAUGCACCAGUUACUGGUUUAUCAUUACAUCCAACUGGUGAUUAUUUAUUAAGUUCAAGUUUAGAUCAACAUUGGGCAUUUUCUGAUAUUCGUACUGGACGUUUAUUAACAAAAGUUGCUGGACCAGGUAGUCAACCAUUAACAACAGCACAAUUUCAUCCAGAUGGUUUAAUUUUUGGUACUGGUACUGAAGAUUCACAAGUUAAAAUAUGGGAUUUAAAAGAACAAUCAAAUGUUGCUAAUUUCCCUGGUCAUACUGGACCAAUAACAGCAAUAUCAUUCUCUGAAAAUGGUUAUUAUUUAGCAACAUCAGCACAAGAUUCAUGCAUUAAAUUAUGGGAUUUACGUAAAUUAAAAAAUUUCAAAACAUUACAACUUGAUGAUUCGUAUGAAGUUAAAGAUCUUUGCUUUGAUCAAAGUGGUACAUAUCUUGCUGUUGCUGGUUCAGAUGUACGUGUUUAUUUGUGUAAACAAUGGCAAGAAUUAAAAGUAUUGAAUGAACAUACUGCAACAGCAACUGGUAUUCGUUUUGGUAAACAUGCACAGUAUAUUGCAUCAACAAGUAUGGAUAGAACACUUAAACUUUAUGGACUUCCUUAAAUAAUUAUUUUUCAAAUUUUUAAUUUUAUUCAUUUUCAAUGUAAUCAUUAAAACAUUAAUAUAGUAUUGUCUAUUAUCUUGUAUGACCUUUUUUUCAAUAUUUUUAAUAAUAAUAAUAUCAAUUUUUUCACAAGAUA